UUUUAGGGCUUUGGAUUGAAUUUUGAUUUCAUGUUUCAAUUCAUGUUGUUUGGUUACUGAUCUGUGAGUUUGAUUUGUGGAUCGGUAAUCGCCGUCUUGAAAGUUUGGGAUUUGAUUGUCUUGAUUUGGAUUUUGAAAUGAGGAUAUUGGACUAGAAAGUUUUUGAUUUGACCCAGCAAAAAGAAGAAACUUUGGAAAAUAGUUCGAUUAACUGAAACAAAGAGUUGCUUGGAGAAGAUUGAGUUUGUUUGUUAGGAGUGGUUUUACUGAUUGAUUUUCGAUUUGUGGAACUGAAUUGCAUUGCGGAGGGUAUGCUGCUAAGCUCCAGAAGAGCAUUGAAGUUCUCUUGAAUGAAGGAGAAUUCCAAGGAAGAAAGGAGAUGAAGCGCAAAAUUGUGGGUUUGGAGGUACAAUGACUGGAGGGUCAUUGGGUUUACGGACAGCGAGUUAUGGAUCAGUGCAACAGGCACACAAUGGUGUGUUUCCGACUCAGAAUUCAUCCAUCGUGCGCAAGCCUUCAAAGAUGUCCCUUUCUGGUUCAAGGGAGAAGGAAAUGUCUCUCCCUUUUAUUUGCAGAUAUUUAACUCGAAGGAAAGUCGGAAUGCUGAUUUUGGUUGCAUUUGCUCUUUUAGCUUUUUUGAUAGGGUUCAUUGCAGUGAAUAAAGAUGCAUCAGAAAGGAAUGAUUUGUACAUUACUCAGAGAAAUCAAGACAAGGAAUUUCCUGAGGUGAAUACUGUCACAGUAUGUAGUGAAAACAACCGGCAGCCUUCUAGUACUCCCAAUUCUUCUGUUCGUGCAUUUGUUGCAGGCUCUGAUUCCAGUCUGGAACAUCCAUGCAAACAUUUUGCAUUUCCCCCUCCCCCUCCUGGUUAUAGAAAACGAAUUGGACCACGCCCAUGUCCCGUAUGUUACCUUCCUGUGGAGCAGGCUAUUGCUAGAAUGCCAAGCUCCCCAUCAGCGUCACCUGUGCUUCGUCAUUUAACUUAUUUUCGUGAGGAAAAUCCAACAAAAACAGAACCGCAUGGAGGCUCUGAGUUUGGCGGGUAUCCUACUUUCAAGUUGAGGAAUGAUUCUUUUGAUAUAAAAGAGUCAAUGACUGUGCACUGUGGAUUUGUCAAAGGAUGUAGACCUGGUUAUCGGACUGGAUUUGAUAUUGAUGAAGCUGACCUUAGAGAGUUACAGCAGUUCCAUGAUGUCAUUGUUGCGUCAGCCAUAUUUGGAAACUAUGACAUAAUACAACAGCCUAAGAGCAUUAGUAAAAUUGCAAGGAAAAAUGUACCCUUCUAUAUGUUUAUUGAUGAGGAAACGGAAGCGUUUAUGAAGAAGAAUUCUAGUGUCUUGGACAGCAGCAAGAGGGUUGGAUUAUGGAGAAUUGUUGUUGUCCAUAACAUUCCUUAUUCUGACCCUAGACGUAAUGGAAAGAUACCAAAGCUUCUACUACAUAGGCUAUUUCCUAAUGUCAGAUAUUCUAUAUGGAUUGAUGGAAAGCUUCAGCUCGUUAUGGAUCCGUAUCAAAUUCUGGAGAGGUUCUUGUGGCGCCAAAAUGCCACUUUUGCUAUUUCAAGACACUACAGACGAUUCGAUGUAUUUGAAGAAGCUGAAGCUAAUAAAGCUGCAGGGAAAUACGACAAUUCCUCCAUUAAUUACCAGGUUGAGUUUUAUAAAAGGGUGGAGGGUUUAACACCAUAUUCUGAGGCUAAGCUUCCUAUAACUAGUGAUGUUCCCGAAGGGUGUGUGAUUAUAAAGGAACACAUUCCCAUCACAAAUCUGUUCACCUGUCUAUGGUUCAAUGAAGUUGAUCGUUUUACUUCCAGGGAUCAGUUGAGCUUCUCCACUGUACGAGACAAAGUAAAGGCCAGAGUUGACUGGAACAUCAAUAUGUUCAUGGAUUGUGAAAGGCGAAAUUUUGUGAUACAGGCAUACCACAAAGAUAUAUUGGAUCAAUUACCUCCUCCACCGCCUCCAUCUCCUCCAGCCAUUCCCAGAGUUUUGAUUAGACCUAAGACGGCUGAGAGGUCACCAGUAAAGAAGAAUCUGGUUAGACGUGGAAAAGAUAAGAAAUCUGGUUCGAGGCGUCACCGCAAAGUUGCCAUUGGUGGUAGUAAAGGGAACAUUUUAAUUUGAUGAACUUUUUUUUUUUUUUUAUAAAAGGAAAUGGGAAUAUAAUUUAUUUUUUUUGUUUCAAAUUAUUCAUCUUGAGCUAGGACGAUUUUGCGAGAAGUGUAUCAUGGUUCAAAGAAAAAAAUGGUUCCAAUUUUGGUUUGGAAAUUGUCAAUAGCUAUUCAUUUUUUGUUGUAUAUACUACGAACAAUUCCGAAUAAUUUUCAAAUGAUUCUUGCCAAUUUUCUUUUACUAA